UCUUGUGGAUACAAACACAUAUGGGGGCUAAGAAGAUCAUGUUCUUUGUUUUUUUGCUCUUGUUUAUAACCUUUUUAAGUUUUAGCUAUGCAGAGAUAACCAAAGAGCGUCCUUUGUCAAUAGGACAAACUCUCAGCUCCCGUAAUGGAGUCUAUGAAUUGGGGUUCUUCAGUCCUAAUAACUCUCAGAAUCAGUAUGUUGGCAUCUGGUUCAAGGGCAUCAUUCCUCAGGUGGUUGUGUGGGUGGCUAAUAGAGAAAAACCUGUUACAGACUCCACUGCAAGUCUCUCUGUCAGCAGCAAUGGAAGUCUUCUGUUACUUAGCGGCAAACAUGGCGUUGUGUGGUCCAUAGGAGAAAUCUCUGCAACUAAUGGGUCUCGUGCAGAGCUUACAGACAACGGAAAUCUAGUUGUCAUAGACAAUGUUUCGGGAAGAACUCUAUGGGAAAGCUUUAAGAAUCUUGGUGAUACUAUGCUCCCUUUCUCAACCUUGAUGUAUAAUCUCACCACAGGUGAGAAACGGGCAUUAACUUCUUGGAAAAGUGAAAACGAUCCUUCGCCUGGUGAAUUUGUGGUUCAGAUUACAACGCAAGUACCAUCACAGGUGUUUAUUAUGAGAGGCUCAAAUCCUUAUUGGAGAAGCGGUCCAUGGGCUAAAACAAGGUUCACCGGUAUACCGCUAAUGGAUAAUUCAUAUACAAGUCCAUUCGCCGUUCAGCAGGAUACAAACGGGUCUGCAUCCUUCACUUAUUUAGAAACAAACUCCACACGUUCACGAAUCAUGAUAACACCAGAGGGCUUAUUGAAGAUUUAUCAGCAGAGUGAGAGUGACUGGGAAUUAGAUUUUGAGGCUCCCGACGAUCAUUGUGAAAGGUACGGUGUGUGUGGACCUUUUGGUUUUUGUGUUGAGUCAGUACCUCCAAAGUGUAAAUGCUUCAAAGGGUUUGUACCAAAAUCCUCUGAGGAGUGGAAAAGAGGAAAUUGGACUAAUGGUUGUAAGAGGCGUACCGAACUACAUUGUCAAGCAAACUCUACUGCAAAGGACGCAAACGGUUUCCAUACUGUUCCCAACAUAAAGCUUCCAGACUCGUAUGAAUUUGAAACUUUUUUGGACGCUGAAGAAUGCCACCAAAGUUGCCUCCACAAUUGUUCUUGCUUGGCUUUUGCUUAUAUCAAUGGAAUAGGGUGCUUAUUGUGGAACCAAGACCUAAUAGACACUGUGCAGUUAUCUCCAGGAGGAGAAAUUAUUUCCAUUCGUCUUGCACGUUCUGAACUAGAUGGAAAUGAGCGUGACAAGAUCAUUACUGCUAGUAUUGUGAGCCUUUCUCUUUUUGUUAUAAUGGCUUCUGCUGCAUUUGGUUUCUGGAGAUACAGAGUAAAACAAAAUGCUAAUAUAUUAAAGGAUGGUGCUUCCCAAGAUACAUGGAGGAAUGAUCUGAAACCACAAGAUGUCCCAGGUUUAAAUUUCUUUGAGAUAUAUACCAUUCAAACUGCCACCAAUAAUUUCAGUCUCACAAAUAAACUCGGACAAGGUGGAUUUGGCCCAGUUUAUAAGGGAAAACUGCAAGAUGGAAGAGAAAUUGCAGUGAAACGCCUUUCUAGCAGCUCGGGGCAGGGGAAAGAGGAGUUCAUGAAUGAAAUAGUACUCAUCUCAAAACUACAACAUAAAAACUUAGUUCGGAUUUUGGGAUGUUGCAUUGAAGGAGAAGAGAAGCUGUUGAUUUAUGAGUUCAUGUUGAACAAAAGCCUAGAUACUUUUCUCUUUGAUUCAAGAAAAAAGCUUGAGAUUGACUGGCCAAAGAGAUAUGAAAUCAUUCAAGGUAUUGCUCGUGGAAUUCACUAUCUCCAUCGUGACUCACACCUCAAGGUAAUUCACCGAGAUCUGAAGGUUAGCAAUAUACUUCUGGACGAGAAGAUGAAUCCAAAGAUAUCAGAUUUUGGAUUGGCUCGGAUGUAUCAGGGAACUGAAUAUCAGGACAAUACUCGCAGGGUUGUAGGAACUCUAGGAUAUAUGGCUCCUGAGUAUGCAUGGACUGGGAUGUUCUCUGAGAAAUCUGACAUCUACAGCUUCGGAGUUCUGCUAUUAGAAAUCAUCAGCGGAGAGAAGAUCUCAAGAUUCAGCUAUGGUGAAGAAGGAAAAAAUCUUAUUGCAUAUGCGUGGGAAUCUUGGUGUGAAACUGGAGGAGUUGAUCUUCUUGAUCAAGCACUUGCUGAUUCAUGUCACCCGGUAGAAGUUGAGAGAUGUGUUCAGAUAGGCUUACUCUGUGUCCAACACCAAACUGCAGAUAGACCCAACACACUUGAGUUGCUGUCUAUGCUCACCACAACAUCAGAUCUUCCACCACCAAAACAACCCACAUUUGUAGUGAACACAAUGGAUGAAGAGUCACCGUCUAAGAGGUUGAUCACUGUCAAUGAGAUAACACAGUCUGAGAUCCUAGGGCGGUGAGAAAUCAAGUUUUGAAAUGUUGAUGACUUCACCUUACAUGCUUUUUUUUUUUGUAAAAGACUAUUUCAUUAAGUAAAUAGAGAAAAUUACUAUGGCUAACACUUUCA